UUCGUUUUUUCCUUUUUUAAACCCAUACAAAUGUCAGCCAAAUCGACAACGGUCAAGUUUAACAAAGCGUCGUGCUAUUACUGCAACGAGUGGUUCGAAAACAAUGAAAUCGAGCCACACAUAGCCGCCUGCGGUCAGGUACUGCAGAAGUGCUCGAACGGCUGCGGAGUGUAUGUCGCCCUGAAGGACAUGGAUCGCCAUCUGAACCGUUGUCCGGCCGGAUUUGGUGAACAGCUGCCCGCCAAUCAGGAGAAGACCCUCGAGCUGGAGCAGGAAAUCAUCGCCCUGAGGGGAACGUUGAAUGACGAAAUUCGGCAGCGCUUGGCUUUGAUUACGGACAUCGGCCAGCUGAAGAAGCGAACGCAGCUGGGCGAUGAGUGGACGGCGAAGGUCGGGGACGUGCUGAACAAGUUGAAGAAGGUCAUCAACGAGGAAACGGACAGCCGGUGCGUGGAUGUCGAACGAUGCAAGGUGGAUAUCAAUGGGUUGAUGAAACAGUUCGAGCGAAUAGAAGCUUGGCGCCUGGAGUUGACUACAAGGUUCAACCAGAUCGAAGGGCAGCUGAAGAAGGAGGUUGAGGUGGAUGGGGAUGGUGGGAAACCGAAGGAUGCGAAGAUGGUGAUGAUCGAGAGUCGGCUGAACUAUUUGCAGUCAGAGGUGGAGAAUUUGCGGCUGGCGCAGAAGCCGCCGCAGCAAAUUCAAGCGGCGCAGUCAAACGGAUCGACGGGAAGAAACAGUGCAGCUAUUGGGGAGCUUGAGAGUAAGAUGGAAACGGUGGACUUGGUUCUGGAGGAUCAUCACAGCUCGAUUCGCAUAUUCCAGGAACAGGUUAAGAAGCAGAUGUUCGAGUUGCGGGGCGAGAUGGAUCCGAUGCGGUUGGUGAUCCAGGAGCAGCUGGACAAGCAAGCCAAGCUGGACUACGAGCUGAAGAGCGUCCUGAACACUGUCAACGAAACGGAAGAUGCGAGUGAGAAGACGCAGAAAACGCUGGAGAAGUACCGUCGGGAAACUUACUACACGAAGCAGAGCUUGGACGAUUUGCAGGUGCACCUGCAGCACCAGGAUAAGCUGGUGGUGAUCCAGAACACCCAAGGGCAUCUGAUUUGGCGUAUCGAUCAGUUCGAUAAGCGCUUCAAAGAGUCGCAGCAGAGCGAGUUCAUGAUGAAGAGUCCAAUGUUUAGCAACAAACCGUUCGGCUAUACUCUGAGGCUGGAGGCCAGUCUCAAUGGGGUCGGUACGUGGCGGGGGCGCAAUAUGAUCGUGGGACUGGUCGUGGUAGGCGGCUACUACGACAACCUGCUGGAGUGGCCGUGCGUACUGAGUGGGAUGAUAGCGCUUCGGGAUCAGCCACAGGAUCGCUCUAAAGCAGCGGUCGAUUAUAGCCGAUCCAUUCUGGCUCGGAGAAAGCAUCAGAACUACGAGAAGAAUCAGUACAUUCACAUUCCGCACCAGGUGCUGCGAUCGGAGCACUACAUCAGGGACGACGCCAUAUUUGUGGAGGUUCGGAUCGAUCAAUAGCAGGCCGUGCCACUGGAAUGUUUGUUUUUAUUUAGCUUCAUAAGUAAAGUUUUGUUUUUUUUUUAUUUGUGUUUGUGUUGUCAAUUUGUGUACGUGUUUAAAAUUUGGAAUAUAUUAACUUGUAAGUUAGAAUUUUACUAAUAUUAAAGAGCAAUAUUUUGAUCCUUGUCGGUAGUACAGGUGGAUUGAUUCUCUGGGAGAGUAGCUGCAUCGUGUUUUGUUUUUGUUUUGGUGUUUACAUUCAUAUUUAAGGUGUAGAUCCGUAGAGGAAAUAAAGCUUUAGAGUUGUGUAUAAGUA